AUGCGAGGGGCCCCCACUCAUCCCGGAGGCUCUCUAAGGCAUGCAGGAGGAUCGCGUUCAGCCGCAGCAACAUCAUCAACAGCACCAGCAGCAGCAAAAACACCAGCAGCAGCAGCAGCAAAAGCACCAGCAGCAGCAGCAGCAGCAGCAGCAGCAGCAGCAGGUCACAGGUUGAAAGUAGAGAAGGGGGGCCCCCCACCCCCGCCGAAGAGCCGCAUAGAGAAGGCUGCAGUCCUGGCUGCCUUGAAGCAAGAACGAACGAGCAGCAGCAGCAGCAGCAGCAGCAGCAGGAGAAGAAGAAGAAGCAAGUUCAGCAGCAGCAGCAGCAGCAGAAAGGGUAAGAGACGAAGAAAGAAGCGUGUGAGUGUAAGGAGGAGAGCAGCAGCAGCAGCAGCAUGCCGACGCCCUGUAAGACUUUCUGCUGCACUGCAGCAGCUGCUGCAGCUGCCGCUGUACAGCAGCAAGGUGGAUGUUAUUAGAGGGUUGUGGGGCUAUGUGAAGCAGCAGCAACUGCAGCAGCAGGGGGCCCCUCAUAUCGUUUGCUGCAAUCAGCAGCUGCAGCAGCUCUUCGGGGGUCUGGAAUCUGUUAAUCUUUUCUCAGACAUUAACAGAUUGCUGCUGCCGCAUAUAAUCUAUAUGGACCCCGACGAUCCUGCUGCUGCUGCUGAGGAUGAUGAUGCUGCUGCUGCUGCUGCUGCUGCUGCUGUUGAUGACGAUGCUGCUGCUUUUAGAGAGGCAGCAGUUAAAUUAAAAGAACCCAAAGAAGAAAAGAAAAAGACGCAGCAACACACACAUGCAGCAGCAGCAGCAGCAAGGCGAAUGCCCUGGUCAAACUGCAGCAGCAGCAGCAGCAGUAGAAGCGGCAGCAGCAGCAGCAGCAGAAGCAGCAGCACAGAGUCCCGCAGACAGGGUGAAGCUUCGCCCUCUGGCAGCGACAACAGUGACAGCAGCAGAAGCAGCAGCAGCAGCAGCAGCAGCAGCAGCAGCAACGGCCGCCGCUACAGCAGCGGAGGCAGCGACAGCGACAGCAGCAGCAGCAGCAGCAGCAGCGAUGACGAAUCGCCCCCAAGGAGACACAGAGCCCUCCGCAACAGCAGCAGCAGCAGAAGUAGCAGCAGCAGCAGCAGCAAUAGUAGUAGCAGCAGCAGCAGCAGUAGUAGUAGUAGCAGCAGCAGUAAUCGCAGCGUGCCUAGCAGCAGCAGCAGAAGAGGCCAGCCGCAGCGUACAUCUUCCCAUACAGCAACUGCAGCAGCAGCAGGAGCACCAGCUGCAGCAACAGCAACAGCAGCACCAGCACCAGCAGCAGCAGCAGCAGCACGAGGCGCAUCCCGAGCGAGGCUGCGACGUUUGCUGCUGUCUUCUAGCGAUGAAGAGACAGGGAAGUGUAGGGCUCCCUUGCUGCCUCGCUAUGCCCCAACUGCAGCAGCAGCAGCACCAGCAGCAGCAGCAGCACCAGCAGCAGCAGCAGCAGCAGCAGCAGCAGCAAAGUCAGCGAUCCCUGCCGCACCCAAGCAAGAGCAGGUUGAGGGCCCCUCUAACCCCUCGCCAACGUUCUUAGAGACGAAGCAGCAGCAACAGCAGCGGAAACAGCAGCAGCAAUCGCAGCAGAGGCAACAGGAGCAGCAGCAGCAGAAGAGGCAGCAGCAGCCGCAGCAGGACGAAGAUCGGAAGAAACAGAGGCAGCAGCAACCGACGCAGCAGCAGAAGCAGCAGCAGCAAACACGCAUGAAGGCUACAGAGGCAGCAGCAGCAGCAGACAAUGUCGCAGCAGCCAAAGAAGCAGCAACCGAUGAAGCUCCACCAGCAAGGACGGCCUAUUCUGCUGCUGUUCCUGCUGCUGCUGCAGCAGCACCUGCUGCUGCUGCUGCUGCUGCUAUUCCUGCUGGUGUUGAGGCAGCUCCUGCUGCUGGUACUGCUUCUCCUGCCGCUGCAGGUACAGCUCCUGGUGCUGCUGCUGCUGCUGCUGCUGCUGCUGCUGCUGCUUGGGGCCGGUGGAUUCCAGAGGAGCUUGACCCUCUUGCUGCGCUGCUGCAGCAGCAGACAAAAGAAGUUAAAGAUAAAAGAGGCUUUGACUUACAGCAGCAGCAGCAGCAGCAGCAGCCCCAGCAGCAGCAGCAGCUGGAGCAGCAGCUGCGGUUGUAUUUAAGAGACGGCUGUGAGUAUAAGCAGAGACAGCUCAGACUAUCAUCAAUUGAAGGGGCAGCAAACUGUCUCUUCGCUGUCUCCGUCUGUCUCCUACCGCUUCUCUCUAUUUGCACGCACCCCACAGCAGCAGCAGCAGCAGCAGCAGCAGCAGCAACAGCAACACGAGCUGUAACACCGGCAGCAGCAAAAACAGCAGCAUUAUCAAUAUCCCCAACAUCGUCAGCAGCAGCAGCAGCACCACCAGCAGCAGCAGCAACAGCAGCAGCAGCAGCAACAGCAGCAACAGCAGCAGCAGCAGCAGCAGAAGCUUUAUCGUUGAUAGGUUCAGUCGACCUGGAGCAGCGGCAGCAAAUAGAACGCUGGAUCUUUGCUGCUGCGCCUUACAGAGAGAGAGCUAAAUGCUAUGGGCCUCCCCGAACCCCUUUUUCAAGCGCGCUUCUUUCAAGCCCGAGAGGCCCUGCUGAGGGACGAUGA